UGUCCCCGCUUAUUUGAGACUAUAGAUUGAAAUUCUUCUGUUAUUUAUGUGUAGGGGAAGUAGUGAAAGUGUGGAGCAGCUUUUGCUCAACUUUGGCUUGAGUUGGGUGUUUUCGAGAGCAGGUGUUUCGUUAUUGGAAGCAAGUUAUGGUGUGUUUGGGAAAGGAUGUAGAGUAUCUAUUUUGUGGGAAUGUGUGUUUAUGGUAAUUUUGUGGGUGGUGUGGUUGGAAAGGAAUAACAGAAUUUUGGAAGGAAAAGAAGAAAAUGUGGAGUUUAUGUGUGCUAGAGCAAAGUUUUUGAUUUCCUUUUGGGCUUCGACUACAAAAGAGUUAUAUGUAUGUUUUUAUUUUCUUAGUAUUGACUGGAUAGCUGCAUCCUGCAUGUAACUAUUGAGCU